AUGCAAAACCUGUUUCGGGAGACAAAGAAGACAUUUGGUCAAGUGGAUAUCGUCGUUGCGAAUGCAGGGCUGAUGGAAAGCAAAGGUUUCUUCGACUUUGAAGAGGACGAGCAAGGAGAACUAAUGGAGGCGGUUGAAGCUGGCAAGAUCAUCGAUGUUAAUCUGAAAGGCACUAUGAAUACUCUCCGGAUGGCUAUGCACUCGAUGAAAUCGAACCCACUAGACUUGGACGGUGCACGAGGCUCGAUCGUACUCAUAGCCUCAACGUCUGGGUACUUCGGUGGAACUGGCGUAGUCUCAUAUGUCUCUUCCAAGCAUGGCGUAAUAGGUUUAGCGCGAGCCUCACAGACUGUUGCCCAGCAGCUCAGUAUUCGAGUCAAUGUCGUAGCACCCUUCUUCACCCCUACGCACAUUACCUCAGGUUACUCAGAGAAGUGGAAGGACUAUGGUUUGCCAGCAAAUACAACUGCAGAUGUAGCUAAUGCUAUUGUGACCACAAGUAUGCACCCUGAGAGACAGGGCCAUAGCAUGAUGGUCGCAGGCAACUUGGUGAGAGAGAUUGAAGUGGCAAGAACAAGCGCAACGAAAGAUUGGCUAGGAGUGGAGAUAUUUGAUAUUAUGACGAGAGGCGGCAAGUUCUUCAACGACCUGGGCGGCUAUACACUGCCUAAAGCACGGUCCUAA